ACUCUAGCGUAACUCCGAUUACCAACCUACGCAGGUGCACUGGGUCAUACUUGCCGGUUUCCAUUAUUAUACAGUUAGUUACCUUGGACACUUUCCUGGUCUGAUGAUUAUAAACGGUAACAUCGGCGAAAAGAAUUAUUAUUUUCAUAUAUUUCCGAGUUUUCUCAGUGUUUUCCAACAAUCAACAUGUUGAAGUGACAUUUUUGCACCAUGGAAUCCAAUAAGGACUAUAAACUGAAAUCUAGGGGUUUAUGUAAGGAAAAUCGAGCGCUUUCGCCAAAGCAGGUGGGAAAAAAUGGAAACGACGAAAAACAACAUUUACUGGACAGUGACUAUCAGAGCGCAGAAACUUCCGUUUUUAUGGAAGAGGAGCCGCCCUUCUAUAAGAGUUGGGAUGAUCCCAUGAUCAACAGGAAGCUGGAACAUCCUUUAUCGAACUUCGAAACUCUGGUCCAUCUGCUUAAAGGUAAUAUCGGUACCGGAAUUUUAGCCAUGCCAGAUGCUUUUAGAAACGCAGGCUGGAUAAUUGGUCUAUUUGGCACCCUUAUGAUGGGCGCCGUUUGCACACAUUGUAUGCACAUAAUGAUUGGAGUUGCGCAUCAUUUAGGCAAAGACUGUGGCGGUUGCUCCCUCAGUUUUGCUGAUGUCAUGGAGAAAUCCUUCGAGAGAGGCCCCAAGUGGAUACAAAGGUACUCUUCUGCAGCUAGGUGUAUGACGAAUAUCUUCCUCUGCAUCACCCAGAUGGGUUUUUGUUGCGUUUAUUUUGUGUUCGUCGCAGCCAAUCUUCAAGAGGUUGUGAAGCACUACUUCUACGACAUCGACUUCUUCUGGUUUCUCACGUUUUUGUUGGUACCGUUGGUACUGUUGAACUGGAUUAGAAAUCUGAAAUUUCUGACGCCUUUUUCGCUGGUGGCCUCUCUACUGAUGACUGCGGGCUUGGUUAUUAUCUUCGGUUAUCUUCUGCACAACGUACCUUCUAUAGAAAGCAUUAAAACGAUUGGACAACCGCAAUCGUUGGCCCUAUUCUUUGGAACUGCUGUUUAUGCGUUUGAGGGCAUCGGAGUGAUCUUGCCCUUGGAGAAUAACAUGAGAACACCAUGUGCUUUUGGUGGAUGGAAUGGGGUUUUGAAUACAGGAAUGGUGUUCACAACAUGUCUCUAUACAGCAGUGGGAUUUUUUGGCUAUUUGAAAUACGGGGACAAAUGUGAUUUAGGAAGCGUCACUCUCUACUUGCCUCCAAAUGACUUAUUGGCACAAAUGGUACGCUUGAUGAUGGCCAUCGCUAUCUUCUUCUCCUUCCCUCUACAAUUCUAUGUCCCCUUCAAUAUAAUUUGGCCGCCACUGAAGAGUAAGUUGACCAGGGACAAAUGCGAUGAUAGCAACGAAAGUCUAAUAGCCGAAUACACCACAAGAACGAUACUGAUCUUUUUGACCUUUCUGUUGGCCGUUGCAGUGCCCAACCUAGGGGCAGUUAUAACCUUGGUUGGGGCUUUUAGCAGUUCAGCCCUAGCUCUAAUAUUCCCACCAAUGGUUGAAAUAUUGGCCUGUUACCCUGAUCGAUGGGGUGAAUACAAUUACAUCGUAUGGAAAGACAUAUUCAUCAUCAUUUUCGGCUUUAUCGGCUUCUUUUUCGGCACAUACUCGGCCGUUAUAAAUAUCAUGACUUUGGAGUGAAAUUCAGGUACCUGAUUUUAUUUUCCGUUUAACAUAUCUGUGAUUUUCAAACCAAGUGCGUAGAUAAUACAUAUAUCUAUUAUUAUUUAUUCAAAUUGCCAACAUCUAGCUGGGCCUCAGGUUUGUCUAUAUUCAGUGUUAUAAAAAAACCUUAGCUCCAAACCGGAUAAAACAGAUCAUCUUGUUAUAUUAUGUACUGUGUACAUGUUGGAUUUUAAUCUUGUUCUGUAUGGAUUUGCGGACGGCAAAUCGACAUUAUAGAAUAGAAGAAUGUGAUAUACGGCAAAGCUGACUGUGUCGAAUAAUGUAAGGCAGAAUUCUCAGAAAGAUUGGGUAUCACUGUGAGAAUGUUCGAUUUGAUCUGAAAAAUGAGACAAUAAGCUAUCACGACAAUAAAUUCUGCAUCUUUUUAAUCGAAGUGAAGACAUAUCGUUGAUUCUUAAGUUUUAUAUAGCAAAUUGUUUUGAAGAGUAUAUUUUGCAGAUGUGCUUUUUAUAGAAGUUUUUAAUUGUUAUAUUCCCAACCCCCAUAAGAAGUAGUAUUGGAAUCUACGUAUUAUUCGAUUCAAAAUGUCUAAUGUGACAGUAUUCCUUAUAUUGUAAAAAUGUAGCAUAUGUAAUUAUUUAUCCGUGAAUGUAUUUAUUUUAACAUAUAAAAUAUAUCAUAUACCUCUC